UGGAAGGCGAGCACUCGCAGCAUCAGCAACACACACACACACACACACACACACACACACACACACACACACACACACACACACACACACACACACACACACACACAAAGAGGUCAGCUCGCGUGCUGCGACUUGAAUGGGAGAUAACCGAGUGCCGCCAGACACGAUAAAGGAAAUAGGAACUAAUCGUUGUGUUGUGUCAUACAAGGGAGAGAGCGGCGACGGCAGGGCAAAUUCCAGCCAUUCCGACGUCUAUUUGGGAAGAAGAAAAGGAGGGAAGCAGAACGGUUUGAGGGAUCUGAACUUAAACCUAGCCAUUCCACAAAUGAUGUUUGCAAUGGGGUGGUUUCAGUUAAUGAAGAGAAUGAUCAGUGUCUAAGGGAGCUGAACACCCUAGGGUCUCGAGCUUUUUCACACGAGAGUGUAUUUAUCCCUGAGGACUCAGAGAAGGUGUAUCCAGGGCAGACAAUGUCCCAGGAGAACGUUUCAGACAAAGUCAAGAACAUUCAGAGGCAAAUUGGACAUAAUAUCAAGUUUGGUCAGAGACCCCCUUCACUUAGGAAGAGUGAGGGAGAUGACGGUAGCUCAGAUGAGGAAGAGGUACCACAAAGUCCGUUAAAGGUUCUUGCUCAGGUGGAGUGUGAGCCACAGCAAUCUGAAGCCAUGGAAAAGGCUGAUAGCCAUGAUUUGGUCCAGUACAGAACUCCAGUCAAAUCCCCACGCACUAAGCGCCCACCUCCACCUGGUACAAUUGAGUCCAUCAAUCUAGAUGCUGUUCCUCAGUCUGUCCCACGCUUGGACAACACUGCUGCCAAACACAAACUGUCUGUCAAACCAAAGAACCAGAGGGUGUCUCGCAAACACAGAAGGUUUACACAGGAUUUUCAUGAAUUGGAUCUCUCUGAAAUGCAAGAGGAAACAGAAACACAAAAACAUGAAGAAGUAUUUGAUUUGUCAAAAGAGGACUACAACAGUAUGCAUAAGAGCAAAGAAGAUUAUGAGCUCACUGAGAAAUCCAUUAGAAAGCAACUUCAUGAGGAGGAGCAAGCACGGCUUGAGCUUCAAAGAAGGGAACAAGAAGAGAGAAAGAGGGAAGAGCAAUGGAGGCGAAUGGAGGAGCAAAGGCUAGAAGAAGAGAAAAGGCACAUACAGGAAGAAGAACGAAGGCAAAAGGAGGAAGAGGAGAGGAAGCAACGAGAGGAAGAGGAGAGAAGAGCAAGGGAAGAGGAACAGAGGAGGAAAGAAGAGGAAGAGCUGCAAUUAAGACAGGAGGAGGAAAGAAAAAGGCAACAGGAUGAGGAAAGAAUGAGGAAAGAGGAAGAGGAAAGAAGAGCAGAGGAAGAGAGAAGGCGGAGAGAAUUUGAGGCAGAGAAUUUUCUUCUGGAAGAGGAAAGAAAAAGAGAGCAGGAGGAAACAAGGAGAAAGGAGGAGGCAGAAAAAUGUAAGAUUCAGGAGUUAAAGGAGAAACGACAGAAUGAGGAAGAGCAAUGGCUACGUGAGGAAGAAAUACGCCAUCAAGAGAAGGCGGCUGAGAGAAAAAUCCAAGAAGAAGAAAAAAAGAGGAAGGAGGACAGAAAGAGGCAAAAGCAAGAAGAGAAAGCAGCUGAGGAGCAGGCUAGAGCCACUGACCUAGAAUGGAAAAGAAAGGCAGAGGAACUGCGAUGGAGAGAGAUGGAGGAGAGACAAAGACCCUUCACUUUCAAGGUGUCCUCAGGUGAGAAACAGAUACUCUUUCAAAAGGUCAACCUCACCCCUGUUACUCCAGGAACUGGCCAACAGAUUGAAACAACAGCUGAAACCAGGGAGGGAGCUAAAGGCCUUUCACCAGGAUGCGCUGAUUCACCUACUCUGUCUUCAUCUCUUUACGUCCCUCAUACUGCUAUUCUUGUGACAGGAGCCCAGCUUUGUGGAACUGCAGUCAAUCUCGAUCAGAUCAAGGAUACAGCAUGCAAGUCCCUUCUUGGUCUUUCCGAAGACAAAAAAGCUAUGGGCACUCCACCAACCAAGAGCAAGACUUCUCCAGAACUUAAAUCUGGAAAAACCAAAUCCUUAUACGAGUCUUCCGUAUCUGCAGACCAAUCCAAUACUGAAGUACUAGCGGAAUGGGCAAGUAUCCGAUCUAAAAUUUUUAAAGGUGCUGAAGAUGUAAAAUAUGAUGAGUAUCCAGAUCAGUGUCGCAAGCAAUCCAAGAGCAGACCAAUAAGUGAGGAUCUACAUACAGUGCCAUUCUCUCACACUAACCUCAGAAAAACCUUGUCAGUCAGUGCUAAGUUUUCCAUUACCCCAGCCAGAAAGAAAUUUGCUGAUUCUAACAGGAACUCAGAGAUUUUCAGUCAGGAAGAAAGAGAGGGUGAGAAAACAGAAUUGGCACCUCUAGAAAUUAAUUCUGUCCAAAAGGUAGAGUUGCCCUCUAUAGGUACCAAGAGCAGGGGAAGUAAGGUUGUCCGUAUUGCAGAUAGUGCUGAAGAAUGCAAGUUUGCCAAAGACCUCCCUUCCUUUCUUGUUCCUAGUCCGCCACAUGGAUCCCCCAAAUCACAGAGAUCUGAGACUAGGUCCCCAAGUUACACAGAAUCAGAAGACUCAGACACAAAGAAUGAAGGGGAUCAGAAGGAUCUAAGUGGUAAUGAGAGGCCCUCACCUUUUGGAAUCAAGCUGAGAAGAACCAACUUUUCUGUUUGCUUUCAUAAUGAACAAUCUGCAGAGAAGAGGAAGAAAAGGUACAGUGCAGGUGACAGCUUUGAAGGGGUCCCAGUUCCCCUAACCUCCAUUGACCAAAACUCUGACACCUCUACACCCUCUGAAAAGUCAAGCCCGGCUUUUCCCCAACAAGAGACUUCUGGACACCGACCCCCUGCAGCACCUAGUAUAGAAUCUCGAACCAAGAUGGUCAGAAGUACAGUCCCUUCAGCACACACUGAAAGUGACAACUUUGUCCCCAAGCCUCCACUUUGCCAAAAACCACCUACCUCCCCCAAACCAUCUGAAGGUGCCACACCUCCACCCUCUCCUCUCACGAAACCUGGCAGAAGGACUUCUGGGGACAGGGAAACAGGGGAACUAGAACAGGUAGCUACUGAGCAGAGCAGUGAUUUUAAGGAAGAAACUUCAGCAUCUGUACCAUCCCAAAGAAAAGGAGAGGAUGAGCAAAAAGAGAAGAAGUCAUUUUUUCCAUCCAUCAGCAUCCCGUGGAGAGAAAAAACAGAUCGCAGGACAGAACUCCUUAAAAGAGAAAAACCCUCUCUGCAGACCAGACACUCCCUGGACAGCUCACGGACACAGGAGAAAGAGGCAGGACCACUGUGGAUCACUCUGGCACUACAGAAACAGAAAGGAUUCAGGGAACAGCUGCAGAACCGGGAGGAGAGGAAGUGCCAGAGAGAGGCUAAGCUGGCUGAUAAACAGACUAGAGACAGAGAAAUCGUUGGAAUGGACAGUCCUACAGAAGAUAAAGGCAUUGGAAGUUCAAGUCCCCCCAAGCCUCAAACAGCAGAUGAGAUUAAGAGACCAGACACACUCCUAGCCCGCUUUGAACGACGCGAGAACUUGAAGAAAGCCAUUACCUUGCCCAGCUCAGUCACAGUUGAAAUAACAGACUCUGCACCCUCUCCGCCGGCAACGAAGGAUGUGACAAAGCGAUUCCCUCCUGGUGACACUACCCAGGUUUCCACUGAGCCUGCUUGGCUCGCCCUAGCCAAGCGUAAGGCCAAAGCCUGGAGCGAUUGCCCACAGAUCAUCAAGUGAUCCAAAACUUUUGACCCAGUGUUAACAGCAAAUAAGUAUCAUCCCCUUCAUCCACAUCAAUUAGACAACACUGCACCCCAACUCACCUCUGGCUCUGAACAGCAACAACUUUACACAUCGCUAUUUUACUUUUUCCCUGAACAUUCUACAAGUUACAAGCUACCAGGCAUUUUCUAAUAAUUGGUAUUUAAGAAUGAAAAAUGUAUUGCCGUAAUGACAAAACAUUGUGCCUAUAGAACUGUACUAUUUAGAAUUCUGUCAGAUGAUGGAUUAGAUAACAAAUAAUGAAAUGUAUCACCUUCUCCAGAAGCCAACCCUUGUUUCUUCUGGUUCUCAAUCAGUACAAGCGAUUUUUGCAAUAAUGUACAACAACAGUAUAUUUAAUCAUUUUCAGUCGCAGCUAAUCAAACACCUAAAAUCUUUGUCAAGCAGAACAGACCUUCUAACCUUAACAGUCGUCAAAGUUCAGUGAUCUUGUUCAUCAGUGUAUAUACACAAUGCAUGUCAAACUGUUGAUCCUAGAGAUGUUCAAAAUUCAAUACAAUGUAACACAUUUUAAAUUAGAUAAGACACUAUGUUGUUGCUUUGGUGACAAUUCUGGGAAGCAAUUCAAGGGCUAAUAAUAACAGUUGGUGAAUCCUAAACAAAUUUGUCUCACUCCAACAAGCAUGUAAAUCAGAGAAACAGUUUUGUAUUUUUUUUUAACUAUUGGUACAGUUUCUCAUGUAUUCACUCAAAUGUGUUGGCACCACUAGUCCUUGUUGAUGGACAGAUAUGGUCUUCAUUUUUUCUUAACUUAUUAUAUUUGAUAUCUUGGCAAAGAGCAAAGAUCUUCACUGUGUCCGCGACAACUGUGAGUACUGUCCUUUAACUAUUGCUAAAAAUCAUAAUUAAUAUGAUAUGUCAGCACUGUUUACUCGUAAUUAUCUAACUCUGAAUUUCAACAUUUCCAUUACAGCAUAGUAUAUAUACCGUUGAGCCGUGUUGUCAAUUGAUGAAAAAUCUACUUCUUGCAGUGUCUAUAGCCGCCUGCCUCCUUAGAUGUGGUUGCCUAGGAUGACAAACUGCUUGCUUGCUGUAACAUAAACAAUGCUAUACUGAAGUUACGUGUGCUAGCAUCUCUUUUACUGCUACUUAGCGAAACCUGCAAAAUGGCUAAGUGAUGGGAGAUCAGUGUUUCAAAUGAAACGCCCCAGGGGGAGUCAGAACAAGAGGUCUAGCCAAUGAGAGGUUCCUUUAGAAAAAUGGGAGCAAUUCCAAUGAGUGAAUGGAAUAUUAUUGGACAUCAUCUCUAUGUCCUAACCCCAGGUUGCAUCAAGGGGAUUGUCACUGUAGGCAAAGCUGUACAUGAAGGUGAACUGUAAGACACUCUGGAUAAAAAGUGUCUACUAAAUGAUGGACAUUACUAAAUGGAAGCCUUGAUCUCUCAGCAGAGCCACUGACCCCACUAUCUAAUGUAAUGUUGUGUGUAUGUAAUGUAUGUAGGUAUGUAUGUAUGUAUGUAUAGAGGUGAAAUGGAAUGGACUGUAUUCCUUUGGAGAUUUCCUUAACAUAAGUCGCGUCACUUUGUUUUUACAUUGGUCAUGUGCAAUAGUGUAGCAUAAACAGUGUUGUCUGUGACAUGAAACAAAAAUGGUUUGUUGAUAAUUGCACUUUUUGUUCUACUUUAGAAAUAUCCAUUAUUGAAAAAUUGACGCAAAAAUUAUGAAAAAUGUAGAGAAAAUUAAAGGUGU